AAACAACCUUCUUCUCUAUCGCGUCCUUCACUAUAAAUUCAUCAACAUUUCUUCCUUUCCUUCACGCUUCCAUUAUCUUCUCAACCUACGUACAUUCUUAUUGGUAAGAAGAAAAACCGAGUCGAUUACGACGUACGAGUAAUAAGCUUAAUUAGCUAGUUGGAGUUCCCUGGCUAAUACAAGUAGCAUGAACAAGAUGUGCCAAACAAUGGUUUCUUGUUAUGUGCUAGGAAUUUUGUUGUUUUUGAGUUCAAUAGUUUCCUUCGCCUCCGCGAAAGUUCAAUACCAUGAUUUUGUUGUUCAAGCAGUACCAGUGAAGAGGCUGUGCAAAACAGUAAAAGCAAUAACGGUAAACGGUCAAUUUCCUGGACCUACAUUGGAAGUUUAUGAGGGUGACACUCUUGUUGUCAAUGUUGUUAAUAGAGCAAAAUACAAUGUCACAAUUCAUUGGCAUGGUGUUCGACAAAUGAGAACAGGAUGGGCAGACGGACCAGAGUUUGUAACUCAAUGUCCUAUUAGACCCGGAGGUAGUUACACAUACAAAUUUACAAUCACUGGUCAAGAAGGGACUCUGUGGUGGCAUGCUCAUAGCUCAUGGCUAAGAGCCACUGUCUAUGGAGCUUUAGUUAUUCAUCCUAGAAAAGGAACGCCCUACCCUUUUCCUAAGCCUAAUCGUGAAACACCUAUUAUUCUUGGUGAAUGGUGGAAUCGUGAUCCAGUUAAAGUCAUUAGACAAGCCACUAGAACUGGAGCUGCACCAAAUGUAUCCAAUGCAUAUACCAUUAAUGGCCAACCGGGAGAUCUUUACAAUUGCUCCAAACAAGAUACAACUAUUGUCCCCAUCGACAUAGGCGAGACACGCCUCCUACGAGUGAUCAAUGCCGCCCUCAACCAAGAACUCUUCUUCUCGAUCGCCAACCAUCCUUUUACGGUGGUUGGUGCAGACGCGGGAUAUCUAAAACCUUUUACGACCAACAUACUAAUGCUCGGUCCCGGUCAAACCACCGAUGUCUUAAUCUCUGGCAACCAAGCCCCAGGGAGGUACUAUAUCGCAGCCAAGCCUUACCAAAGCGCGCAAGGUGUUGCGUUUGACAACACCACCACCACCGCCAUCCUCGAGUACAAGUCCGUUGCAUGUCCCGCUAAGGGAAUUCCUAAGGCCACCCCUAUAUUUCCACCUCUACCCGCCUUUAACGACACUGCAACUGUUACCACAUUCACAACAAAACUCCGGAGCCCAAAAAAAGUCCCAGAGCUUCCGGUCCCACUAGAAAUUGAUGAAAAUCUUUUCUUUACAGUGGGCCUUGGGCUUAACCAAUGCCCACCAAACUUUAGUAAGAGCCAAUGUCAAGGUCCAAAUGGGACUAGAUUUACUGCUAGUAUGAAUAAUGUUUCUUUUGUUCUUCCUUCAAAUUGGUCACUUCUUCAAGCCCAUAAAUUCGGUAUUCCGGGAGUAUUUUCAGUUGACUUUCCGAGCCAACCUCCGGUCCAAUUUGAUUACACAGGGAAUGUUAGUCGGGCACUUUGGCAACCCCAAACAGGUACUAGGUUGUACAAGCUAAAGUAUGGUUCUAGAGUACAAAUUGUUAUCCAAGGUACAAGUAUUGUUACAGGGGAAAAUCAUCCUAUGCAUCUACAUGGUUAUGACUUUUAUAUUAUUGCUCAAGGAUUUGGAAACUUUAACCCUAGCACUGAUACAAAGAAAUUUAAUCUUGUGAACCCUCCUAUGAGAAAUACUGUUCCUGUGCCUGUCAAUGGGUGGGCUGUCAUUCGAUUCGUCGCAGACAAUCCAGGAGUAUGGUUGAUGCAUUGUCACUUGGAUGUGCAUAUCACUUGGGGACUAGCUAUGGCCUUCCUAGUCGAAGACGGAGUCGGAGAGUUGGAGAGUCUACAACCACCGCCAGCAGAUCUACCAAUAUGCUAAUCAAGAAUCAACCACAAGUAUACAAAGGAAUAUAAUGACCCAAGUACAUAGAAGAUAAAAGAAUUUAUUCAAUUGAUUGAUUGAAAAAAUAAUUUACUAUUCUUCAUUAUUUGGGAAAACUUAUUCAUAAUUGUAUUUUUUUAAAAAAAAACAGUUAUAUUUUGUUGUAUUUUGUUACUUUUUUAGGAAAGUCAGGAGUGAAAGAUGAGAAAGAUUUGGAUAGAUUUAGUGUAUGUUGUUUGUAAAAACAAACAGACACUUACCAUAUCCAAGAAUAGUAUAGAAGUUAGCCUGACAUAUAUAUUUUGGUGAUUUAUUAUUUGAUCAGUUGUACUACAUAUUUGUAUUGAUUCUGGUAUAAAAAUUCAAUUUUUGGACA